AAUAUUAAUAUGGGUAAUAAAACUAUUUUUGCUCUGGCUCUGCUUAAUUUGGAAGCAGCUCAAAAAUGAGUUUAUAACCUAACAUUGCUGCUCAUGCUUCAUCUGCUGGUUGCUAAAUCAAACUAAGUCAUAGCAAGUUAUUGUUUAAUGAGGAUGUCGACACAAUUGUUCUAAUAGUAAGCACAAGACUUAAAAUGGGAUAAAAUAUGGAGGAUCUACUUAAAAAAUAUAGAUUGUAAUCUGUAAUGAAUGAGCAGAAAUAAGUGCGUUUAAAUGAAGGUGGAAAACUUGAUUUAGGUUAAGUAGUAUAUACUCAUGCAGGAAAUGUAUAAAUAUAAGACAUCAAUAAUAGAUAGAGUUUGAUUAAAUUAUUUACACUGUGCUAUAAAGCGGUUGGGAAACUAUUAUAGGUUUGA